GCCUUCGGAAUUUUUUUUCUUGCCAAAAAUAAAAUUAUGACAAAAAGUUCUCCACAAGCCGCAAGUGCCUACAUUAAAAUCGUAAAUUUAAAUAAAUUCAAUUCGGCUUUAUAGUGCACAAUAUUCCGCGUCUCGGCUGUCGAAAUCCGCCGACCACAGACAUCGGCAAAAGUUAAAACGCCAAGUAAUCAAAAAUCGAUUCCGCUUUAUCGUUCUUCUCUCUCCGCAAACGCCGGCCCUUUAAAGGGCGCUUCUUGUCUUGUCAUCCUCUCGUCGUUUAUCUGUGUCUCGCAGUUCCCGUGAGUUUGCCGAGUCGAGUAGGUGCGGGCCCCCCAAACCAAAAAUGGCCGAAGCUACAGGUGUGUCAAAUGUGAACCCCAAUGCGGAAAUCGUCAGGGGACAAAUUUUCGAGGUGGGGCCCCGCUAUACGAAUUUGUCCUACAUCGGCGAAGGGGCCUACGGAAUGGUUGUAUCUGCCACUGAUACUCUCACAAAUACUAAGGUGGCGAUCAAGAAGAUAUCACCAUUCGAGCAUCAAACUUACUGUCAAAGAACUUUGAGAGAAAUUAAAAUUCUAACAAGAUUUAAACAUGAAAAUAUUAUUGAUAUUCGAGAUAUACUCAGAGCCGUUACAAUAGAUCAAAUGAGGGAUGUUUACAUAGUACAGUGUUUAAUGGAAACUGAUCUUUACAAGCUUCUUAAAACGCAGAGAUUGAGUAACGACCACAUAUGUUACUUUCUCUAUCAGAUCCUUCGAGGACUAAAGUACAUACACUCAGCGAACGUACUUCACCGGGAUCUAAAGCCUAGCAACCUGCUCCUCAACACCACCUGCGACCUCAAAAUUUGUGAUUUCGGCUUGGCAAGAGUCGCAGAUCCUGACCACGAUCACACAGGAUUUUUAACAGAAUAUGUAGCAACAAGAUGGUACAGGGCGCCAGAAAUUAUGCUCAAUUCAAAGGGUUAUACUAAGUCAAUUGAUAUUUGGUCAGUUGGUUGCAUAUUAGCGGAAAUGUUGGCCAACCGACCGAUUUUUCCUGGGAAGCACUACUUGGAUCAACUUAACCAUAUUUUGGGUGUGCUAGGAUCCCCAUCUCAGGACGAUUUAAAUUGUAUUAUUAAUGAAAAGGCCAGAAGUUACUUACAGUCGUUACCGUACAAACCUAAGGUUCCUUGGGCGAAAUUGUAUCCGCACGCAGAUCCUAGAGCCCUCGACUUAUUGGAUAAAAUGCUUACCUUCAAUCCGCAUAAGAGGAUAGGAGUGGAAGAAUCAUUAGCUCACCCUUAUUUAGAACAGUAUUAUGAACCGUCUGAUGAGCCUAUUGCCGAGCAACCUUUUCGCUUUGACACUGAAUUGGACGAUCUACCAAAGGAUCACCUCAAAAAGCUGAUAUUCGAGGAAACGUUGCUGUUCAAACAAAGACAAAUAAAUGCAGAAGCAAAACAUCAGCCAAUGAAUACGUCAUAGUCGUCAUUUGGGAUAAUUUAAAGCAAAACAAAACACUAUUGAUAAUGGAAUGUCUAAAAUAUUGCUACAAUUUUUUCUUUACCAGUUAUUCUUUUGUAAAUCUGCAAAAAAUAGCCAUUAAAAUUGCAUUUUAGUCUCCUUUAUCAAUGAAAAACGUUCACUUUGCGCUUCACCUAUGGUUUUGUUUUACCUUUUGUUGGUAGGACCUUGCCUCCCCUGAUGAGCCGUCGCUACUUCUUUUCAAAUAAAGUUUCAAAUCACACAUUCUGGCAAUAUUUUAGACAUUCAAAAACUGAAUUAAUAUUUAUUUACCGUUAUUGAAAAUUCAAAAAUAAGAUAAUGUUUCGGUGAAGGCGAGAACUAGAUUUUUUUUAAGGAAAUUUAUCAAUUAUUUUAGCUUUAGAUAUUCGUUCAGGUUUAAACGCGAUGUCGGUAAGUAUACAUUGGUUAGUGAAUUAAAUGUCUUUUGUUGUUAAAUUUUAAAUUCAUCUAAUUGAUGAUUUUUAUUGGGAAAUAAUUUCCAACAUAUAAGAAUAUAUUUAUUUUUUCUUAAGAUUCUUCAGUGGUGACAUAAAACCUUGCGUUAUUUAUUUCCAAAUUAAAUUUGCCCAUCAGAACAAACUAUAUCAGUGUUAAUCAAGGAGACCUCUCACCACUGAAGCUAAGAUGCUCAUUUUACAUUAUUUCAGGUGUUAUUUAUGUUUGUAUAAUACUAGUUUCAUUACUUGAAAGUUAAUGAUUGUUUUUUUUUCUAAGUUUAUGUGUACAGAUUUCUUUUUAAAUUGUAGUUUUGUUAUAACAAAAAAGAAAAAUAUUAGAAGUAUAAUUAAGAGCAAUGAAAAUACAAUCUAUUUUUGAAAUCUAGGUUUUGUAAAACAUGUGGUUGUGUCAAAAAAAAAUUACGCACAGUCUCAUUUCUGUGUUUUGAAAGUCACCCGUAGAGUUUUUCGGUUAAUUUAUUAAUUUUUGUUUUUGGAAAAUAUCAAAAUAUCAUGAAUUAAUGAGGUUAGGAUUUUUAAUUUAUAUCGAAUGUUAAAUGCAGGGCGAUCAAAACCUCACUGGAAAUUUUUAACAUGAGAUGAUCUAUGAGCUUAUUCCAAGACAUUAAUAGUCGUUUUUUACAGUAGACACUGGGUUAUUUGAUAUAAUUCAGGGUGUGGUCAUAAAAAAUCAAUUUUCAGGAUGUUUACACUUUUUUCUACACGAAUUUUCCAUUCGAGGACGUAUUAGUUUAUCAAUGCCCUCGAAUGGAAAAUUCAAGUAUUAAGAGGGACUUAACAUCCUGUGUUCAGAAGUUUCAUGAAACAUUUCAAGAGCCAUCUGAGUGUGAACUCUGGAAUAAGCUCAGAAACCAUCUCUGAUAUUUUUUCAACACCCUUUCUGGGUACAUACUCUCAACUUUGUAAUUGCAUUUUUAUGGAUUGUAUUCUAAUGGGUGCUACAAAUCGUAAGUUUUUGUGUGGGGAUCUCGGAAACCAUAGAAUUUAUGCAAAUUUCCAGGGGAAAAAACGCAUUUGUUCAACCAGUAGAUUGAAAAGUUCGUAUAAACAAAUUCUUAAAAUUACCUUGACUAUGAAAAGGCUAUAAAGUCACAACAAAAGAGUUUGUAUUUUUUUGUGCCUUAUGGUAGUUGAAAUCUCCACACAAAUACUCUAUUUUGUAGCACUCUGUACAUUAAGUUUUCUUACAUUUUGCAAGGCCAAAAACAUCACCUGUGUCUUUAUAUGUUAAGUAUUUAUUUUAAUAAUAUUGAGUUACUUUUUAUAUUUUAAUUAUUAUUGAAAAAAAAAAACCGUGUAAAUAGUUAAUAUGGUACCUUUUUAAAAUAAUAAAUACUUAAAACAUUUAUCUCAUUAUUAAACAUUUUAUCUGUGAUUAUCCAUUGGUGUUUUUUCUCUCUCUCAUGUUAAUGUGUGUAUACCGAACUCUUGUGACAUUUCGUUUUAAUUUCCACGACAUAACGCUAAGUUCUAGCAAAACUGAUCUGGAUGGUACCGAAACCGAAGUGUUCAUUUACAUUGUAUCAGAAUUGUGCAAAAUUUUGCCAGAUCACAUUACUUUUUUUGUAAGGCAGUUCUGAGAACAUAGUGAGUUGCAGUUGCAAUAAAUAGUCCAUUGAAAGCGCUUUAAAACGAAACGUCAUAAAUAUUAAGUAGUAUCAUAGGAAUGUAUUUGAUAUCCAUUUAUAAGGGUAUCUUUUUGAGCUGGUACCAUGAUGAUGUUUUCAAUGUAAUAACAAUAAUUCAUAAUCUCCCCUGGAGGUAAUUAUUUUUGAUACAUUAGACUUGCCUCUGUGACAUCCACAACUUUUUUUUUUAAUGCACCUAUGUUUUUGAUAAAUUCCAUCAAUUUCCUAAUUUAAAACAAAAACUACAUUCUGAUGAUACAGGCAAGUUAUAGUGUUUCUGUUUCACGCCAAAGCAGUCAACCUAAAACUAAAUUUUUGAUUUCACAUUCAAUGUGACUAGUCCUACAGAUUACAAAGGGGCAGUUCUCGAGAUCAAGAAAAACUUUUAAAGCAAUAUUUAUAUGAAACUACCUCAGAUUAAAAUCGACAAAGUAAAGUGUCCCUUGCUGAAAAAUAAUUAUUAUUGAUAAUGUUUGCUUCUCGUUAUGAUUGAAACUAAGAACUGAAGACUGUUCUGUGGAGAUUGGAAUCCAAGUUUUAACACAAAAACAAAGAUGUUGCAAUUUAUUAUCAACUGUGACUUUCUAAUGAUUUGGCAUUCCCUCUCUAACAAGAUUAUUUGCUCGUUUGGCGUUUCACAAUACUAGAUAUCAAUAAUCCACCAAGUACAGCUUUUCUGCGUUAAUUUUUUUGUGGAGGAUUUUUUUUUCUUAUGCAGAGAGCAAGAAUGUUUAAAUAACCAAAUUGUUCUUAUUAUACCUACACACUUCAAGUGUUAUUAUUCAUCUUUGAAAACCUUAAAAUUAUUGCAGCUUCAUUAUCAUUUACCAAUUGUUAUUAUCAAUUCUUAGAGUAGGCAUAGAAUCGAUUGACCAGGAGGGUUUCUUCUUGCUUGAAUAAAAUCUAUUUUUUCCUUUGUCAAGUUUUUAUACAAUUUAAACCAACUAAUGGAUCGAUAAAAGAAGAGGUACAACAUUGUGCUCAAACUAUUGAUGAACAAAUAUUUUUGUAAUUAAAAAAAUCAAUGCAAUGCAAAAAUUAUUGAACCUUCUUGUAUCGAUGAAGCGAUGUAAGGGGGUGUUCCAGGUAGAAUUUUUUAAAUUGCGAAGUAGUAACUUCAAUUAUAUGUUCUAAAUUAAAUUUAGCCAUAUUGCAUAUUGGUUUCACAAAAUAAAUACACGAUAAUGGGAAUUUCACCUGGAACAUUCUACAACAUGGGAUGCUGUCAAUUUGGAACAAAACAAAAAAGACCUUGCAAUUAUUAAUAAUGAGAAAUAAGUAAAUCAAACGUUUUGUUAUUAUUUUAAUUCCACUGGUGCCGUCAACUGAGAUAAUAGAAGUUAAUGAAAUAAAUGGCCUAAAUAAAAAAAAAUGUUGUUACAUACAUACUGUUACGAUUGUUGUAUUUCAUUAUGGUAGUUCUCAAAUUGUAAUUCUCAUUACGUGUACCUAUAUUAAUAAAAUUACCUAAUCUUA